ACGCGCGAGCGGAGUAGUAGCUCCAGCGCGGAGCGUUUCGGAGCUGGCUGCGACCCAUCAGGCGCUUACCUGACGCGCGAACAGUGUGUGAUAGAUCGAGUGUGUGAAUGUCGCGCAAGAUCGGGCCAGUUUCGAUUUCACAAUAGGAUGGUGCUUGACCGAUGAGUGACUCCGCCGGUACCAUUGAUGUCGCUCUUGAUGGGAAGUGAUCUGAACGUCACUCGAAGGGAUUCGACGAAUAAUACGGGAGUUUGGGGUCUGCAUCGUAAUAAGGAGAAGGUGAAAGGCCACAGCCGUGGACGAAUUGAGACCCAACGAAACAAGCUCGCGCACAGUGCUUCUAGCGAGUCCCUCGCACUUUGAUGAGGCGUUUGCGUAUAUUCGAAAAGGAAACGUCUUCAUCGAUCUCUCUCUUUCGCUCUGUACAAGCGGUAAGUGCGCGAUCGCGAGGAUCACACCUGCGUCGCCGAGCGUGGAUGUCAUUGGGCGUCGGUGACGUCGCGUAUGGUGCACCAAAGGAUACGCGGGUAACCGCCGACGAUCCGUUGCGUUUGGAUAUUUGACGCGAGCGGUACUGCUCGUCCCGAAAACAUCGCCGUCUGAGAGAAAUGGGAAACCACCCGUCCGCCCACCAGCCGCUCGAGAGGGCUACCAGCCAUGCUGGGAACGGUCUUCGCCUCUCGAAGCGCGAGAGGUCGCCAGGAAAAAGAAUGGAUCGGCUUCGACGAAGCUUCCGGGACAGCUUUCGCCGACGGAAAGACCCUCAUGUGCCCGAAUCUAGCAAGCCUCACCAGUGGCAAGCGGAUGAAAGUGCUGUGCGCUCAGCUACAUGCGCUUUUAAUGUUAAGUACCUGGGAUGUGUGGAGGUGUUCGAAUCGAGGGGUAUGCAGGUUUGCGAGGAGGCCCUUAAAGUUCUUCGGAACUCAAGACGAAGGCCGGUGCGGGCGGUACUUCAUGUAUCUGGCGACGGAUUGCGCGUUGUCGAGGACGAAACGAAAGGGUUAAUUGUAGACCAGACAAUUGAAAAAGUGUCAUUUUGUGCGCCGGACAGAAAUCACGAGAAGGGAUUCAGUUAUAUUUGCAGGGAUGGUACGACAAGACGGUGGAUGUGCCACGGAUUUUUAGCAUUAAAAGAAUCGGGAGAAAGAUUGAGUCACGCAGUGGGCUGCGCCUUCGCCGCAUGCCUGGAGAGGAAGCAACGACGAGACAAAGAAUGCGGAGUUACAAUGACUUUUGAUUCGAAGACUUCCAUCUUCACGAGAAGCGGUAGCUUUAGGCAACCGAAUCUCGCAGAGCGGUUGCAAGAAGCGCGCGAUCGUGCAGCAGAAAUUCCUCCGGUUAGGCAAGUGUUCAAUCCCUUUGCGAUUGAGAGGCCACACGCUACGUUAUCUAUGCUAGAGCGACAAGGUUCCUUUAGGGGUUUCUCACAGCUAAGUCAAGCAUCCCCGUUUAAAAGGCAGCUCAGUCUACGAGUCAACGAUCUUCCUAGUACCCUUGAACGCACACGUAGUCACAGUCUCGAGCCAACGGACUUGGCGCGAAUGCCUUCAGCUCAUUCGCACAUUAUACCUUCGAAGCCUCCAGAAUUCGAAGGAUAUGACGAAGUGAGUCCAAUACCAGAAAUAUUCCCCGGCGAUCAUGACAGCGUCUCCGCAAUGUGUCAGCAGCUGUCUCAAGGGCUUUCUCUGCUCUCGAGCAGCGACGACUUUGGACCAAUGCCGUCGUCCCAGCCUGCCACCAGCUCUGUCGCCAAGCAGCUUUUCACUAGUACCAGUAACUCUCCUCCAGUAACGAGUAGCAACUCGUUGGACGAGAUGAAACUGCAGAACGGUCCCAAUAACAACGAUAACAACGACAAGAACGAAGAGCUCAGUAGUCUGAAUCACGUUGGGCCCAGUUGGCAAGAGUCCGCAUCUCCCGUACUCGCGUCGAAUCGUAGGCUCACGCCUCUUCUUAAGGCAAGCAACUUGAGUCCCGUUCUUCCAAGGACGAACGCGCCCACUCCGGUCGUUAUGAGCACACCGGCACCUGUUUCCUCUAGUGUAGGUGCUUUCGGCACGCCACCGUCGGCAGCAAGUCCUGCUUUCAGCACAGCUUCUACGUCCUCAUUAGGAAAUACGUCUACGCCGGCCGUCAACAGAUCGCCGGUCCCAAUAAAUUCCACGGUAACUUCAAAAACAAGUUCUCCUAGUACCAGCAUAGCAUCCGUUUCCCCGGCGGUACCAAUUUCGACUGACGUCGCUCAAGUCUCGUCGACAACUGGAAUCCCGACGGCUUUAGUGCAACCACUUUCCACGGCAGCUGGUUUGCCGAAACCAGAACAAUGGUUGGGUAGCAUAACCGGCUCUGUGCCGGUGUCACAGGCAAACGUUAGUCCUCGGCGAGCGCCUCCCAUUCAUACAAGAGCGCAUUCUCUCGGCUCGGCUGCGAUGAGCUUGACUUCCAGAGGACCUUCUGAUCCCUUCGACGUCGAAUGGGCGGAAAUCGCUUCCAGAAAUAUGCAGCAGUCGAGCACGACGAAUCCCUUCAUUAUGCCGAACGCGACCCAGGCGUUCCAAGUGCAGUUGUAGCGUCAGGAGUUCAUCAACAACGUCGCCAAGUAUUUCCACUCGAGCACAUAGCGGCUACAUGGCGUCCGCCCGCGCUCCGACCUUGCGCACGAUCGAAAGUAUUACACGUGAGCCGCGUGUCCUCGAUCCGAUCGCAAACACCGUCAAGUUUUUCCGGAUGAGUAGUAAUAAUAUACGAGGAGCCAUCGGAAAGUUUCGGAACUGAUGCUGCGAGGAAUUAGUGGUUGUAGGAGUGCACUGACAGGACGUAGAGACUGUAGGUCUUAUGAGUCAGUGGCACGAUAGUGCAAUUAUCGAGCCUUUCGUUGCUUACGUUCGACAAUCCAAGUGCUUGCUUGUAAUUGCGAUGACGCAAUUUUGUGCGAAGCUGAAAGUACCUUCGAAAACUACCAAAUGCUUCUACAAGUUUUUGGGGACAAGACACUAGGAAAAAUAUAAAUUUACGAGUGGCGUCAACAUUUUAAACGUGGACGACAUGGAACUCGCUCGAGAACAAGAAACGUUUAAUGCACGUUUGAUACGAGGGAUAUCGAAUAUGAAAACAACUCCUGAAAAUACUCAAGAAGUCAAGAUCAAAUUAACAUUUCCCUGCGAUCUUCACAAAUGAAUCGAUCGACGUGGCAAUUGACUCCCAAUGGCUUGAUGAUAUUUGGUAUUGCUUCUACAGAUGUUUUUACACGUACGCGUCUUGCUCCAAUUUGUGUCCAUCACAGUCGCAAAUGGUCACCUAGAUUGUCGAAUGAAACCGCAAGUAGUAUACUCAAUAAUAGCAGCAUUAUGCUACUUGGCAUACUGACUUAUACUUGCAAUCUCUACUUUAUCACGUCUCUAUUCCAUCCCAUAUCAUGCUAGUUCCUACCUCGCGGCAUCAGCUCGGGGAAACUUCUUGAUCGCACCUCGUAAGUUUAUUACGAGAUCCCUCGAGAAGCUGGGCCGAAGAAGCGCGAUAAUCCUUUUUGUCGAAUCGGCGCUUAGCAGCAACGAUGGUAGCGACGAACUGAACCAGCACAAAAAUAUAUCAGCGUAAAAUAUACUUAAUAGAUAGAUAAGUAUAUACGCGCACAGCCUUAACGACCUCAGUAAAAGUAAAAUUAACGCAUAUACGCAUAAGCAGAUGUCCGGGUGACGUGACGGGGAACACAAAGUUUCACGCACCGAUAAUAAUAGGCUCGUCAGCCGAUUAAGUGAAAGCAAUAGAUGUCGUGAAAUACGCGUGUAAGCGGAGUUCCCGACGGUACGGAUAAUAUCUUACACUUGAAUGUCUAUCACGCGAUAUCGUAAUUGGAUAUCCUAAUUAUCUUGAGUAGAAUUAGGCUCGGACCGAGCGAUUAUCGUCGUUCUGCAUGAAAAACGAAAUUGUACGCACUCAAGAUUACGCUGCACCCUUACUGUUAUUUUUUUCAAAGAAGAAAAGAAGAAAUAUAUAUAUAUAAAUAAAGAAAUAUAUAUAUACACGUAGGGUAGUUGCCACUUCGUGGUCGUAUCGUGACCUGAAUCACGAAGUGAGGUGACCGUACCUUCCGCAGGAAGGGGACUUGUAUUUCCGGCAGGCUCGUCCGGAUCAGACAAAGCACAUAGACACGUACGUUCUACCGGGCGUAGAUCUGAUUACGCUCGAAGGAGGGCAGUUAACAUCCACGGGGAGACUGUGAUAUUGACGUGAAGUGGCCAGUACUUAAGCGAACAGGGUCGAACGGAUUACGAAGUAUCGUGAGGAACUUGCUCAAAGGUCGUGGUAGCACAGGAUGAGUGAUCGUGAGUUCGGGUACCACAGACUCUAUCGUCCCGUAGCCGGCAAGAAACACCCCAUAAAUUACUUAAGAUUAGCUGUUAAAGACUAGCGGAGAUAUGUCUUACACACUAUCGUUGUCUAUUAUACAUACGAUCGUGUCGCAUUUAUUAUGAGGACCGAGGAGCGGGGAUGACGGAGCGCGUAGAAAUUCUCGAGGAUAACGCUCGCGGGGAUAAUCUUUCUCGAGAGAGUCUAGACGGUGCUUCCGCCUCUGUAAUAAUAGCCGCGAAAAGUCGCUUAUCGAGCCGAUCCUCCGAGUGCGAGUUCAUAUCUACAAUCUGAUUGCGCUCGGCUAUGUACAUACGUCGUAGCGAGCGAAGGAGUUUCCUCAGUCCCAGUAUAGUAAUUGAUAGUAUCCCGUGAGAUAUCAGUAUUGCGCCUCGCAGCUUUCUGUCUUUCAAGUUAAUCGCUGCACUUUCGGUUUUUCGAAACGGAUCGAGGGUAAACGUCGAGGAAGGCCAAGGGAGAUUUUACAAGAGGGAUAACUGAGGUGUGUAUGUAUGCAUUGUAUAUAGAUUAGUUAUUUAAAACGCGACAGUAUAAGAGAGUGUGGAGAAAUUGCCGAGAGUGCGUGUCAUUCAUUAAGCCGGCGACUCAGCAAUGAGGCUCGAGGAGGAAUUCUUCCUGAAGUUCAAUCGAAGCGAAUAAUUGCACAAUUAUAAUUAUAAUAGUAUUUUAUAAUUUUUUACGAAACGACAUGGGAGACGACGACGCUACGAUUCUGUAUUAUACAUAUAAGAGAGAUCUGUAGCUUAUCUGUAAAUUAUAAAUUAAACAUUAUAAGUU